CUCACUACCAUCUAGAUUUGAUACAUCUAAUAUUCUAUUAUAAAAUAGCACAAUUCCACAGGAUCUCAGAAGAAAUGAAACAAAUCAAAGAAUCCGGACUGUGAAUAGUAUAUAUAUUUAUAUCAAAAAUGUCAACCCCCACAAUCCCGCCCAUCACAUCGCUGUCCACACUGCCAGCCGAUGCCCAACUCCGCGCCCUUGACACACUCUUCGAGCCCUCGCCAGAACUACACGCCUUGGUCCAGCCCAUUCUAUCCAAGCAGACCUUCCCGACAUACGAUGCGCUCAUCGAUGAGAUUCAAACCCAGCUUUCCACGCUCUCAGCCAAACGCGACAAUGCGCUAGCCGAAAAAGAGACGUUGUAUGCAAUUCUCGGCUCUCAUCCACGUUUAGGGAUCCCGUCGCCCGCUGCCCAGGCUCAUUUGAGUGAGCUGAGCCGGAGAGAGCAAGCCAAUCUUAAUAGUCACGAUGAUAGCAGCAAUAGUGCCGAGUUGGCGGCGAGACUGGAUGCUCUGAACAGAGAGUACGAGGAGAUGUAUCCGGGGCUGAGAUAUGUGACUUUUGUUAAUGGCCGAGGUCGAGAUGUGAUCAUGGUCGAUAUGCGGAGUCGCAUUGAUCGAGCUAAUCUCGCGUUGGAAGUGCAGGAUAAUAUUCAGGCAAUGUGUGAUAUUGCCAAAGACCGUGCGGGAAAGCUGCAGUAGUCCUUAAUAGAGUACGUAUGUACUCGAGUCUAUAUCUAUGUAUUUACCAAUUGUAUAUAAGUAUAUAUACGGAGCGACCGGAACAACUCCCAUUGACGAGCCAUUGAUUGUCAAAAAAGGAACGAGUCGCUCAACAUCGCAAAAAUUAAAUGGCAAGAUAAUAAAAUGGUAAAAUAAGAUACAAGCAAGGGUGUCCACGCGACAGUCCUGGUCUGCUGUCAAGCACGCGGGAGAGCUCUCUGAUUGGCUGGCACGUUUCCGGUUGAUAUACAUUGUUGCGCAACCACCAUGAAUUGGUAUUAUUUCCCUACGAACCAUCAUGUUUCACCGUGUGAUAGUAUAAUAUGACAUGUUCUCGACAGACAUAUACAUACGCACACACGCACACACACACACACAUAUAUAUAUAUACAAAGCAAUGGGCACAAUCCAACCGAUACGCGAAUAUCCGU